AUGUUCUGGCGGAAGUAUCAGCUCAUUUCUCUAAGUUGCUUGGCAACGCUGGGCCAGUCCUUUCCGGCCUCAGUGGGCAACGGGGUCGCUGCGGCCGGCGGGGUCGUUGCACCCGUUGGAGAACUUCCAGAUCAUGCAAGUUGCAAUGAUCUUAGUCAUUACCAAUUCCUCAAUGGUGGGGGGUUGAAGUCAUCAUAUUGGGACCAAAUUCGUGCAGGUGAUUACCUCCAGCAUUGGAUUAAUAACAACCUGGAUUCUUCCCAUACUAACCUGGGCCCUGCUUUUGCGGAGCCAUGGGGACUCGGCCAGAGCUUUGUUUGCACAAUGACGACUUUCUGUCCCAGGCCCAACUGUGCCAACCUGCAGAACCCAAACGCAGUCGACAGUGCUCGCGCUUAUCAAAUCCUUUAUCUAUACUACCUCCGCCAGGCAAUCGACGUCAGCCAGACACGAUGGAACGGUCUCCAAGUCGCGCUGCAAGGCACUUUCUGGCCCGGACUGCUACCUGAUGACAUGAUGGCUCAUGACUUCCUCAACGGGAUCAUGACAGCCGUCGGCAUCGUUGCGGCCAUCGUCGGUGGGCCAGCGAUUAUCAGCGGAAAAGAGUUGGUAAAUGGCUGGGCGCGUGGUGUCGACAAGAGAGUCAAGGCCUCGGAUCAGAGCUUGGCGAAUCUGGCCAAGAUGGAGGCAUCUGCCGCAGCUUUUUAUCAAGGCGCUAUCAACGAGACUGUGACCCUGAACGACGGGCUGAUGUUUCAAGGAUCAUACAACGGUAAAAGCAUUGUUGAUGUUUUGGCGGAUGGUGCUUGGCUCGAUUAUCACAAAAUUCCUGUUCUCAACCAGGACACGAGCUUGCCCCGGAUAUCAGAGACUCAGGCCAGCGAUCAUUUCUACAACAUGCUUCUGUGCUUCUCCAUCAAUUAUGCAUGGAAGCAGCAGAACGUCUAUCUGAUUUCAUAUCCGAUGACACAGGAUGAGUUCGACAACCUCUCAGUCAUAUCCGGCGACAACGACGCCCGUCUCAAGCACUACUAUGGCGGACGGGGCUUCUUUUUUCAGUCCCUCAUCAUAAAGCCCGAUCUUCUUGUGCACGGAGACUACCCACACCCCCAAAACCCUCCCGGGUGGAAAGAAAUUGAAAAUAACGGCUUCUCCACCUGGGACAUCAUCCAAUCCUCCGCCAGCGCCUUCACCCAUGGCGGCUUCGACUACCAGUUCGACAACGACCUGGAGUCCUACCUCGACUCGCAGGAUUGGAGCACUCUACUGUCACCCCCUGCCUCACUCCCUGGUGUUUUCACAAUCCCCCACUGCCAGGUCAUGCCGAAUGACGACGCGAAGAAUAUUCAGGCUUUCGCAGAUUGGUUGGAUGGGCCUAAGACAAACCUACUCAAUAAGAAGUCAAGCUUCUGCUUGUGCAAGGAUAUCCAGGACAAGAACGGCAAGAAAUUCUCUGACUAUGUGGUCGGUGCGCAGGAUAUUCUCCGACAUUGUUUGGAAAAUGAUUUUCCGGGUGUUAAGAAUGUGUUUCUAGCAGUAGGUCACAGCAAAGGGUCCAGUGGAUGA